UGCUUUUUGCAAGACAGAAGAGAAACUUUGGAAAGUAACGCAGCAGCUUCACCGGCCAAGUCCAUUCCGCCCUAAACCCUCAAACAGAGUCUUUCCGAUUAAGCGUUUCGGUGGCAUCUCUUACCCUAGCAAGAUUAGGGAAGGUGCAAGAAAAUUAGGGAAAUUUUGAUUAAGUACUUGUUCUUCACACAUUGUUAUUUUCGGUGUUGCCAUAGCAAGAUUCGCAUGACAAUUUUCCUCUUCAUGCAGUUGCUCACAACAUUUUCUCUCUGUUGUUGACUAAGUGAGACUACCAAAUGGACGACUGGGAAGACGCGGAAAUUCCACCUCUUCUUUCAAAAGAUUCACCUAGAAAUAAAUGGGAUGAUGAAGAUGUGGAAGAAGAUGAUGUGAAAGAAUCAUGGGAGGAUGAAGAUGAACCUGCUCAGGCACCUGUGGCACCAGCAGCAAAACCUGUUGAGAAGGCACCUAAAAUAUCUUCUGAAAGAGAUACUGAAAAGAGCGGAAAGAACGAAGAACCAUUGGAUCCUGUAGCUGAAAAACUUCGCCAACAAAGGCUGGUUGAAGAAGCAGAUUACAAGUCAACUAAGGAAUUGUUUGGUGCAAGGGCUGAUGAAAAGAACAUCGACAGUUUUAUUCCCAAAUCUGAAAGUGAUUUCUCGGAGUAUGCAGAGCUCAUCUCAGACAAGCUUCAUCCUUUUGAGAAAAGUUUUCAUUAUAUUGGUUUACUCAAGGCAGUAAUGAGACUGUCAAUGACUUCUCUGAAAGGAGCAGAUGCAAAAGAUAUUGCAUCUUCAAUAACUGCAAUUGCAAAUGAGAAGUUAAAAGCAGAGAAAGAAGCCAAUGCUGGCAAAAAGAAGACGGUGGGCAAGAAGAAGCAGCUUCAUGUUGACAAACCUGAUGAGGAUUUGGUUACUGAACCAUAUGAUGCUUUGGAUGACUAUGAUUUCAUGUGAAAUUUUUGGUUCGGUUCCAUCCAGAUUCAAUCAUGGGAUCUACUGUUUCAACCCUCGUCAUGAAUCAGUCAAUUUUGUCUCCUCGAUUAAAUCACAAUCUAUUUGCAUAUACUUGUAUCUUAGAUUUUUACUAGAUGAUUGAUGCAGGUUAGAAUAUCAAAGAUUUAAACAGCAACAUGCAACAUGUCUUUUCCCCCAAGGUACAUUGGAUUUGUAAGAAUGUGAACUUAAUUUUUCUUACCAAAUUAAUUUGGGCAUGCUUUUGUGUAUCAUGACCGCAAGCACUCACUGCUUGCUUGUGUAAAGAAUGCAUGAAUGCGAAUUGCAGUGAGUGGCCUCUGAUAUUUUUUACUAACAUUGGAAAUUUGUAAAAUACUCGAAGUUGAUAAAGUU